AUGAACGUUAGCCAAGGAGGUAGUAAGGUGAGCAACAUGGAUCCGAGGGGAUGCUAUGUGUGUGGGCAAGUUGGGCAUUUCGCUCGAGCUUGUCCGACUGUCGAGGAAACAAAGAGUAACAACUUGUCAACCGUCACGUGUUUCUACUGUGGCGAGUUAGGACACUAUGCGAACUCAUGUCCGUUGAAGCCGGCCAAACCGAACGCCCAAACUGUGAACCGUGCCCAGACAGCAAACCAAGUGAAGGAACCCCCAGCGAAGAAGCAAGCAACCCCAGCAAAUGUUUUAGGAGUAGAGCCACCCAAACCUCCGCAGGCCGCGAAGGGCCAUAUAACAGUUUUAGCAUUGCAUUUUGUUAUAUUUGCUUUGCGUUUAGGAACAUUACUUGUUGGUGGUAACCCCACACAUGUCUCGAUUCGGGAGCGUCCAAUAGAUUUGUGA